AUGUUUAUCUUAAGAGAGAAUUCAGACGGUAUUGAGAGCCAGGCCUCAACUAUAUCUGAUACGCAGAAUUUGAGAACUGUUGAUAAUAAUAAUCGAGGCCUUCAGGACACUUCUGGUUUAGAUGAAUUAGAAACUGAUUAUACCCGUUUUAAAACCAACGAAGAUUCUGCAGGAUAUUCGGGGGCUGAAAAUGAAAGGUCUAGAAUCGAUAAGUUUGAUUCUGUGGGCUCAAGUCUUCAGUUUGCAAAAUAUGAUGGAAAUGCUCUCCCAGAUUUUAAAGCCCCUCCAUACUACGAAACCACUGUUACGUUUAUGGAAUACUAUGAUCGGACUAUUCGUUCAAGGGUUGGAAGAAGUUUUUUUCGCUCAUACUUUUUGUCGCUCUUUCCAAUAAUUAAAUGGAUUCAUCAUUAUAACUUUGCAUGGAUGUACUCAGAUUUUAUAGCUGGUAUUACUGUAGGUUGUGUUUUGGUUCCACAAUCUAUGUCUUAUGCCCAGCUGGCUGGGUUGAAACCAGAAUAUGGUCUUUAUUCCUCAUUUAUUGGUGCCUUCAUAUAUUCAUUUUUCGCAACUAGUAAGGAUGUCUGUAUAGGGCCCGUUGCAGUUAUGUCAGUGCAAGUUUCCAAGGUCAUUAGUCAUGUUAUAGACCAGUUGCCUGAGGGCACCCCGAUAACCGCGCCCAUGGUUGCUAGUGCUUUGGCACUUUUCUCCAGUAUUUUGGUUAUACCGAUUGGACUUUUGAGGUUAGGGUUUAUUCUUGAGCUAAUAUCUGUAACAGCAGUUGCAGGUUUCAUGACGGGUAGUGCGCUAUCAAUAUUAGCUAGCCAGUUGCCUAGUCUUCUUGGUAUCCAAAAAAUCAAUACAAGGGUUGAAACUUACAGAGUUUUAAUAUCCACAUUAAAACAUUUAAAUGGGUCCGAUAUUAAUGCUGCAUUUGGUUUAAUUUGCCUUGCUCUCUUAUUUUUUUGGAAGUGGACUUGUGGAUAUCUUGGUCCAAAAUUGAUUUCGAAAUAUCUCAGACCAAAUUCCAAAAAGGCCCGUAUAUGGCAAUCUUUCUUCUUUUAUGCUCAAGCUUUAAGAAAUGCCUUUGUGCUCUUUCUAGCCACUUUCGUUUCGUGGUUGGUCAUUGGGCGCCAUAAGAAGAAAACAUCAAUCUCUGUAUUGGGAACUGUACCUUCUGGUUUAAAACACGUUGGCGUACCAACGAUACCGAGUGGUCUUGUUCACAAAUUGAUGCCACAGCUUCCCCCGGCAGUGAUUAUUUUACUAUUGGAACAUAUUACGAUUGCCAAGUCAUUCGGUAGAAUCAACAAUUACAAGAUUGUGCCCGACCAGGAAUUAAUUGCAAUCGGUGUGACGAAUUUAAUUGGAUCGUUUUUUAAUGCAUACCCUGCAACAGGUUCAUUUUCUAGAUCUGCUCUGAAGGCAAAGUGUAACGUGAAAACGCCGUUAUCUGGUUUGUUUAGCGGUGCUUGUGUGUUGCUUGCCCUAUACUAUCUGACCUCUGCAUUCUACUAUAUCCCUAAGGCUGCCCUAUCUGCUGUCAUAAUCCACGCUGUUGUGGAUCUUAUUGCAUCCUACAAACUCAGUUUUUAUCUUUGGAAUACAAACCCCUUUGAUCUCAUAUCGUUCCUUGCCACAAUUCUCCUCACUAUAUUUUCCAGUAUUGAGAAUGGCAUAUAUUUUGCAGUAGCAUUCUCUAUGGCUACUUUGCUAAUGAAAAAUGCUUUUCCAAGUGGAAAGUUUCUGGGCUAUGUCAAAAUUACUGAGGUGUCAAACCUGAAUGUUUUUGAAGAUCUAGAUUCUAUCGGGAACAACGAUCCAGAGCUCCCUCAGGAAAUUUCAAAAGAUUCCAAACUCGCAAAGGAUCCAGAUGUGCACGCAUCAGCUAAUCUUAUGGCUUCCAAACUAGAUGUUCGGUUUCACACCAAAUGGGUUCCUUUGGAUAAUGGAUAUUCGAGAGAGCUCAAUCCUGAAAUUGCAGUACAUAUGCCACCCCCAGGUGUCAUAGUUUAUCGGCCAACAGAAUCGUGGCAUUAUCUCAAUUGUUCCCGACAGUUCGAUAUCAUCGUUGAUCGAGUGAAAACCCUAACUCGACCAGGAAAAUUGGUUAAUCAUUUGAGGAAAAGUGAACAAUUAUGGUGCGAACCAGGUGACUGGGUACCCCCUCUGUUUUUGCGCAAAUUCUUCAAGAAGUAUAGGCAUAAAGCAGCCAAGCCUGAAGUUGUAGAGCAAGUAGAUAAUAGGCCAGUACUCAAAAUACUUGCCAUGGAUUGGACACAAGUUACCCAUGUUGAUUCUACCAGUAUCCAGAGUCUCAUUGAUCUAAGAAAAACAAUUAACAGAUACGCUGAUAGACAGGUUGGAUUCCACUUCAGUGGUAUAGUCUCACCAUGGAUUAAGAGGGCCCUAGUCCAUGCAGGAUUUGGAACCAUAAACGAAAAUUAUUCUAAUGAUCCCCUACUACUGAAAUAUUCUACUUACCAUGUGGUUCAAAAUGUUUUAUCUGCAGAUGAAGAAAAUCAGCAAAACUCAGAAAUCUCUGCUUCCCUAGACGUUGCUUCUGGCACUAACUUCCCAUUCUUCCAUAUAGAUAUGCCUGAUUUUACUAAAUGGGACAUCUGA